ACAAAAAUCAAUAGUCGCCGCCAUAUUUUUUCACUCGACUCACAGACCAACGCGCUACGGACACCCGAAUAAUGUUUAGUUAAAUAAGAUAAUUAAGAUUAGCCAAAGUUGAAAGUGCAUCAAGUACGUUGCAGAGCAGUGACCAAGUGACCCAUCGGUAGAAGCAAUCCCCUGUCGCUAGCAUAAAACCGCUUAAUUGCCAGUCUCCGGCAUCCGAGCACUCUUCCUCCGGCUCCUGCAGUCUUAAAAUCAAAGUUUGAUUCCAAAGGCUCUCAGUGCCAGUGCUAGUGCGCGUGUUCCAGCGUGCUAUAUAAUCCAGCCAGGAAGAUGGAAGGAUCCUCAGUUUCCUCCCCUUCGAUGGGCGGCCCACGUGGAGGAGGUUUCCGCGGCCGCGGAGGUGGAGCGCCCAUGCGAGGUAGCUUCGAUCGUGGUCGUGGUCGUGGCGGACGCGGCCACUACAUGGGUGGCAUGCGCGGAGGCGGUGGCAGCGGAAUGGGCGGGGGACCGCCUAUGCAAGGAAUGAUGUCUGGUCCUCCACGGGGCAUGCGUGGUUCUCGCGGCGGGAUGGGAUACCAGGGACGCGGUGGUGGCUAUCAGCCGCGCGGUGGAGCUCCCAUGGGCAUGCGCGGCGGACGCCCUCCCUUGUACUCGCAGCCUCCCAAACAACACACAGGUGCCGACAACAACAAGACUGUCUCACCAGUGCCCACUUCGGCAAUCAGUGGAGAACAGCCAUCGGUUGAGGCAGCCGGGGAUGAGGUCUCCGAUGGCCAGACAUCAUCCGGCGUUGCCCCCUCGAGCAACUCGCAUGGCGGCGGUUCCUCAGGAGGUGGAAGCAAUGGUGGAGGACCUCCUCCAUAUCUGGGCCGUGGUCGUGGACGUGGCGGUCCCUUCAGUGGACGCGGACGCGGCGGUGGAGGCUACAAUUCUCACAUGAACGGCAGCGGAGGCAGCAGUAUGUACGGCGGCUCCCACAGCCACCACAGCAACUCCCUGGGCGGUGGUCCGGGCGGAGAGCACGGCUCGAUGCCCAGGCGCGGAGCCCCGCGCGGCAGGGGCGGCUACAAUCAAGGUAUGAGUCGGUCACCCUUGCAUCACCAUCAGGCACAUAAUCCCAAUACACAACUCGCACCGGUACCAGCUCUCAAACGCGGCGCUCCCGGUGGUCCUGGUCCCAAGAGAGGUCGCUACGAGGGCGGUCCCUACGGCCAACGGCCCAUGACGCCCAAGUACCACUCCACCCAGCAGCACAUGGGCGGAGGCGGAGGCGGCGGCAUGUCCUCGCAAUCCUCAUAUGGCUCGCCGCCAAGUCAUCAUGCGCCAACUCAGAGCCACCACAGCUACCAGACCCACGAGCAGACUCAACAAGUGGAUCCGUACGCGCAGAGCGGCUACAGCACCCAAACCACUCAGCAGGGAUACAAUGGUUAUGGUCAGAGCGGCGGCAGCAGCUAUGCAGCUCACACCUCUCAGACAAGUGCUCCGGCCAGCAGCAGCUAUGCGGCCCACCACGGCACUGAGUACGAUCAGAGCCAGUAUCAGAACUACAACAGUUCGACAGCUUAUGCCGCCCCGCAGGAUACGCGCUAUCAGUCGUAUAGCCAGGAUUACAGCCAGCAGUACGGUUCGACUGCCGUGGACUACAAUGCCACCGGACAAGCGGACUACAGCCAGCACGGACAGCAAAGCGCUGGCUAUGAUGAGCGCGCUUAUGCGGGUUAUGAUUCGCAGGCCUAUUCGCAGAACUAUUCAAAUGCAGCCGCCUACUACUAGACAACCGCAAUCCACCCCCACCCCUGACGGCACACUAGAGAUCAGAACGCUGCGCGUGCUCCGAUAGGCCAAGAAACCAAAUUAAAAAUGGAUUAGGGCAGACAGAAAUCGAGUAACAGGAAGGGAAUCUAUGUUUAAUGCAGCAAAUAACUUGCUAUACAUAAUACACAACACAAACGCGGACACUCAGAACAUACAAUUUUAGUUGUAAGGAUACAGUUCUCUUUUUCUUAGCAUUUAAGCCAACUCGUGUUGCGACGUCUUUCUAUAUAAACCCCCUGCCCAAAUUAUUUUUUCCAUUUGUUUUCGUUUUGUCUCCCCAUAAAUCCUGAUCGAAAAUAUUGAAAAUAUCUGCAUUACCUGUUGUUUAACGUUUUUUAAUAGACAACCGGAGCUAGCCUGCACUGAGCUCCAGUAUAAAAAACCCUUUAUGUGCUCCUUAGAUUCAUGUACAAUUACAAUUCAACUGUGACCAAAGUAUGCAAAAAUCAUAUUUUUUAUAUGACUGGAAAGCACGAGUACAUACAUGAUCUUUUUGAUGAACUAAACUAAAUUUAAAAAUUGUGUGAAUCAUGUCAAAUUGUAUACAAAUGAAUGCAAUGUAUAUUUUAGUUGUUAAGCUCAGAACCGCAAACGACUCUCGACACACAAAAAGAUGAUUUCCAAUCCCACAUACUCUUGAAAAGCGUUUAUGAUUUUGCAAGAAUUUGUUUUUCUUUUCUUUACCAUCUUGACGUGAAUGACAGAAGCCAAACUUAUUAUUUUCAUUUUGUUUAUACAAAUUUAUUUCUUAUAGCCACAAUUUAAGCAACUAAAUUUCGUAAUUAUGUAACUCUUUAAAAACUAAGCUGAGAAAAACAAGUACGAAAUACACUAAAUAUAUUAGCAAAAGAUGCAAAAAUCAUAACCAUUAUCAAAGUCAAUAAAAUAAUGUUAAAAAAUGUGUUUAAUGCAUUAAACUUA